AUGGAAGCUUCAAAAGAAUUAUCAAGGUCACCACUCACUUUUGUUCCAGAGAAGAACAAGUAUAUAGUGGCGGAAUUUGUUGACUCUCUCCUUGGUGCUCUUAGGCAGAUACUAGAUUUUCACAUCACUUUUAUGGUCCCUGUGCCGGACCAUAUUCUGAAUCUCCAUGAGGGAGUAAAGUCAAUCAGUAUCCUUCUUCAUGUGAAGCAAGAGAAUUUCAAUGCUCUACCUGACAAAAUGAAGGAUCAUAUUGGAGUUGUGAUCAUUGAUUUAGGAAUUGUAAUUUGCUCCAUUUCAGUGAAUGAAAUAAAACAUGGCUUGGCAAAGGGAACAGAUCUUGCAAUUUCUCGUUUGGUGAAAGAGCUCCAAUUUGUGAUGCAAGAAGUUGCACAAACGCAUCCUCCAUCAUCAUCAUCACUCAGAUUCCCUAGGACUAACGAGCUGGGCUCUAUUGAUUUCUUCUUAGAGAAUCUCCAGGAAAUAGCAACUUCUGAGGCCGGUUCGAUUGCUUCCCCAAAGGAUCAAAUCCAAAUAAUCCAAGAAGAUCUUUUAUUUUUAAGAUCUUUCCUACAGAAAAUUGCAAAGCAGCGCAACCAGAACGUGAAAUUUCAAGCUCUUUGGGAUGGUGCUAUGGAGGUGGCCUACAAGGCAGAGUUUGUCAUCGACUCUGUUGCGCUUGGGGAUAGACUUGAAUGUUUGGAUACUGUUGCUGGAGAUAUCAAGCAUACGAAGACUGAGGCCCUUAAAGUCUCUGACAGCAUCAGGAAUGAUGAUGAAGCUCAGAGAGUUGCCAACAACUCUAUUCACUUCAAAUCACAACUCAGUACCCUAGCACUGAAUGAAGUUCUGGUGGGUCUUGAUGAAGAGGUAAAGACAAUUGCAGAUGGGCUUACCAGGGGUUCAAACCAACUAGAUAUUGUUUCAAUUGUGGGUAUGGCUGGACUUGGUAAGACAACAUUAGCCAACACAAUUUACCAUCACCCUUCAAUUUUAGGCCACUUCCAUUUCCGUGCUUGGUGUACUAUUUCCCAAGUAUACAGCAAGCAGAAUUUGUUAGUUCAAAUUUUGUCCAGUAGUGGUAGUGGAAGUCAUGAUCAAUAUAUUAAGAUGCAUGAAGAUGAUUUGGUUGUGACGCUCUUCCAGCUUUUGAAGAGAAAUAGGUAUGUUAUCAUUUUGGAUGACGUGUGGGACAUUGGGGCAUGGAAUUUGUUGGAAAGAUCGUUGCCAAACGAUGCAAAUGGAAGCAGGAUUCUGUUCACCAGCAGGAUUGAGAAUUUGUCUUUGCAAUUUAAAUCUAAUAGCAAGUCUCACCAUCUCUGCCAUCUUAGUGGUAAAGAGUGUCUUGAAUUGCUUCUGAGGAAGAUAUUUGGCAAAGAAGAUUGUCCUCCAACACUAAUCAAAGUUUUAAUGCAAGUAGCAAAUAAGUGCAAGGGGCUACCUCACACAGUUGUCAUUUUUGCUGGAAUUCUUUCAAGAAUUGAGCCAGACUGCUGGCAAGAAUUUGCAGACAGCCUCAAUUCCAACACUUCUAAUAGCACUGAACCAUUGGAGCUGAGUUACAUUCAUUUACCUGAAUAUUUGAAGCCAUGCCUUCUUUACAUAGGUGCAUUUCGAGAAGACCAAGACAUUCCUGUCCGAAAGUUGUCAUGGCUUUGGAUCUCUGAAGGAUUUGUCCAAAAGAUAGAAGGGAAGAGUCUAGAUGAUGUGGCAGAAGACUACUUGAAAGAUUUGAUUGGUAGAAGUUUGGUAAUGGUAACCGAACAAAGAACUCUUGCUGGUGCCAAAAUUUGCCGACUUCAUGAUUUAGUACAUGAGUUUGUUGUGGCAAAGGCCAAAAAAGAAAGUUUUCUACAGAUUUCAUAUGGGAGUAAUGACCUUCUACAGAUUUCAAAUUGGGGUGAUGACCUUUCUACUUCUACUGGACCCAGCCCCCACCGACUGUGUAUGCAUUCGAUGAGCGGAAAGGAGCUUGAGAUGUCCAGGCCAUUUUUUCCUAGACUACGUUGUUUGCUCUCCUUUGGUUAUGCUUGUACGGAUUCAGAAGAGCUGCAUGAUGGCCCCUUUUGGUUUCUAAAAUCAAAACUUCUUAGAGUUUUAGAUUUUAGGGACAUGCGUAUUUCUUGCAAUUUUCCAAGCGAAUUAUUAUUGCUUGUGCACCUAAGAUACUUGGCAAUUAGCUUGUGGUAUUCAGCAUCCAUUCCAUCUGCCAUAGACAACCUCUCAAGGUUACAUACAUUUCUGGUAGGGGGCAAUGCUGUUGCUGGGUUGCCUAAUACUAUCUGGAACAUUAAGACACUGAGACAUCUAAGGAGAACAGAGCUUCCGGAUCUGGGUGGUUCGACACUGAGAUAUCAAAAGAAUAGAAAGAUACUGAAAAAGCUACCAACCAUUCGCAGGCUAAAAUGCGUGCAUGCAGAUGGUGGAAAACGGACUGGGAUUCUCAAGCUGGACAGUUUGAAUCAACUAGAAUCACUUCAGUUGCAUCGCUUUUACGGCUGCAAGUUUGAAUUCCCAAUGAAUUUGAAAAAGCUCACUCUCUCACGCAAUAAAUGGUCGUGGAGUGAAAUUUCAACAAUUGGAAAGUUGCCCAAUCUUGAAGUGCUUAAAUUAUUAAAGAAGUCCUUCAUGGGGGAAAAAUGGGAAAUGCAAGAAGGGGAAUUCUCUAAUCUCCGAUUCUUGGAAUUGUCAACAUUGAAUCUUUGCAGUUGGACUGCCUAUAAUUCUGAUAAAUUUUCUCGUCUUGAGAAAUUGGUUUUGCAUAGCUGUCUGCUGCUGGAAGAUGUCCCUCUUUGUUUAGGGGAAAGUACUACCAUUGAAAUGAUUGAGGUGGAAAAUUGUUGCAACUCUCUUGUGAGUUCUGUAGAACAAAUUCAGCAAGAACAGCUGGAGAUGGGAAACCAGGAUCUGAAGGUCGUUAUCACACGCGCCAUUUGA